ACUUUCAUCAAACGCAGCCUAAGUUUCUUCCAUCCCGCAGAACACAGCCCGUACACCCUAGUCAAAGGUGACGCUCCGGGGAUCCCCCCUUUCCAUUGCUUGAUUUUCACCAAAAAUCCUGACGAUUUUCCUCACAAAAUCUCACGAUGGACCCUCCUCCUCCUCAGCCGCCGGGGCAGUGCCGCAAUUGGCUGGAACUCCCCCGGGACGUGACAGAGUCCAUCCUUCUGAGGCUCGGCGCCAUAGAGAUUCUCACGAGCGCGCAGAAGGUGUGCCUUCUGUGGCGCAACAUCUGCAAGGAUCCCUCGAUGUGGCGCGCUGUCGACAUGCGCAACCCUGGAGACUUAUGCGACAUGCCCUACGACCUCGAGACGAUGUGCCGCCACGCCGUCGAUCGCAGCUUUGGCCAGUUGGUUGAUAUCAACGUCGAGCACUUUGGCACCGACGAGCUUCUCAACUACAUCGCUGAUUGUUCAAGUCGGCUCAGACGUCUCCGACUUGUAAGUUGUGACAGCAUUUCAGAAGAGGGACUGAGUGAAGCGGCUGCAAAACUUCCAUUGCUGGAGGAGCUUAAUAUUUCAUUUUGUUAUCCAUGGACAAAAGAACCUCUGGAAGUUGUGGGCCGUUGUUGUCCUCUUUUGAAGUCACUCAAAUGGAACAGCAACUGCUACAGGCGACCUUACAUUGAGUGUGAUGAGGAAGCACUUGCUAUUGCAGAGAACAUGCCCAAAUUACGCCAACUCCAGCUUUUUAAAAAUAAGCUGACUAAUGUUGGCUUGCUGGCCAUUCUUGAUGGUUGUCCUCACCUUGAAUCACUUGACCUGCGGCGAUGUUUAAAUGUCGUUCUUACAGGGAGUUUGGGAAGAAGAUGCGCUGAACAGAUUAAACACUUGCGAUUUCCCAACGAUCCUAUGGAUGACUACGAAUUGGAUGCUGAAUUCCAUGAAAAUGGAUCUUCUGAUGAAGACUACCCCUCUGGGUUCUCAGACAUUGAUUACUUCUCUGAUGAUUAUGGGUAUUAUGAAUUCUCAGGGGACAGCGAUUACUCCUACUAUGGAGAUAUUAUUGACUAUGGAGAUUUCUACUAUGACUAACCUAUUUGUAAGUGCAUCAAGUAAAAGGACUUCUGUGCCAUGCUUAUCUGCUACUCAUCUUAUGAAAUAUUUCAUUUCAGCGUUA